AUGUCUGAGCGACAUAUUGACAUAAGUCGCAGCAACUACUCCGUUAUUGACAAUGAGUUUGGAAAUAUGAGAGACCGAUUCGAGGCGGAAAUGCGACGUGUCGAAGAUGAAAUGAAGCGCCUUCGUCAGGAGUUCGAAGGCUACCGACCUGGUGCUCCUCCCCCGGCUAUAUCUAACCAAACGUAUUCGCAGUCUGCACACAACGAGUCUCGUCGACAGGAACCAUUUGGAGGGAAACCUUUGUCGUUGGACUGUCGAAACCCAACACAAAUAGAUCAAAUGCUUAGAGGAAGCGUGGAAUCUUUGGUAAUGUUGUGGUGGAUGUCGACACAGCCGAAGACGAGAAGCUAUAUUGAUCCGGAACACAAGACAUGUCCACACAAAAACAACAGGGUGGUCAUGCAAGCAUAA